AUGGACCUAAUGAACGGGCAGCCCAGCAGUGUUAAUAUUGCAGCCACUACUUCAGAGAAGAGUAGCAGCUCUGAGUCGUUGAGUGACAAAGGUUCUGCUGAACUGAAGAAAAGCUUUGAUGCAGUAGUAUUUGAUGUUUUAAAAGUGACACCAGAAGAAUAUGCAGGGCAGAUAACACUAAUGGAUAUUCCUGUAUUUAAAGCUAUUCAACCAGAGGAGCUGUCAAGUUGUGGUUGGAAUAAAAAGGAGAAAUACAGCUCUGCUCCAAAUGCAGUUGCCUUUACAAGAAGAUUCAACCAUGUAAGCUUUUGGGUCGUUAGAGAGAUUCUUCAUGCACAGACAUUAAAAAUAAGAGCUGAGGUUCUGAGCCACUACAUUAAAACUGCCAAGAAACUGUAUGAGCUGAAUAAUCUACAUGCCCUUAUGGCUGUGGUAUCUGGAUUGCAAAGUGCCCCUAUCUUCAGGUUAACUAAAACAUGGGCGUUGCUGAGCCGAAAGGACAAAACUACCUUUGACAAGCUGGAAUACGUAAUGAGUAAAGAAGACAAUUAUAAACGGCUUAGAAACUAUAUUAGCAGCUUGAAGAUGACUCCUUGUAUUCCUUAUUUAGGUAUUUAUCUCUCAGACUUGACAUACAUCGAUUCAGCAUACCCAUCCACAGGAAGUAUUCUGGAAAAUGAGCAGAGAUCAAACUUAAUGAAUAACAUACUUAGAAUAAUUUCAGAUUUACAACAGUCUUGUGAAUAUGAUAUCCCUGUGUUGCCUCAUGUUCAAAAAUACCUGAAUUCUGUUCAGUAUAUAGAAGAGCUUCAAAAGUUUGUGGAAGACGACAACUAUAAGCUUUCAUUAAAGAUAGAACCUGGGACCAGUACUCCCCGUUCUGCUGCAUCUCGUGAAGAUUUAGUAGGCCCUGAAGUGGGAGCUUCUCCGCAAAGUAUACGAAAAAAUACUGCAGCUGAAGGGGCAUUGCUACCCCCAACUCCUCCAUCCCCUAGGAACCUGAUGCCACAUGGGCAUAGAAAAUGUCACAGUUUAGGAUACAAUUUCAUUCAUAAGAUGAACACAGUAGAGUUUAAAAGUGCAACAUUCCCCAAUGCAGGACCAAGGCAUCUAUUAGAUGAUAGUGUCAUGGAACCACAUGCCCCAUCUCGGGGGCAGGCAGAGAGCUCAACUCUUUCAAGUGGAAUUUCAAUAGGUAGCAGCGAUGGUUCUGAGCUCAGUGAAGAGACUUCAUGGCCAGCAUUUGAAAGGAACAGAUUAUACCAUUCUCUUGGUCCGGUGACAAGAAUGGCACGAAAUGGCUAUCGAGGCCACAUGAAGGGCAACAGUUCUGCAGAGUCUGAGGACUUGGCUGUUCAUUUAUAUCCAGGAGCCGUUACUAUUCAAGGUGUUCUCAGGAGGAAGACUUUAUUGAAAGAAGGCAAAAAGCCAACAGUAGCAUCUUGGACAAAAUACUGGGCAGCGCUGUGUGGAACCCAGCUUUUCUACUAUGCAGCAAAGUCUUUGAAGGCAACGGAGAGAAAACAUUUCAAAUCUACACCAGCUAAGAAUGUAUCUGUAGUGGGGUGGAUGGUUAUGAUGGCUGAUGACCCAGAACAUCCAGAUUUGUUCCUGCUCACAGAUUCUGAGAGAGGAAACUCAUAUAAGUUUCAAGCUGGUAACAGAAUGAACGCAAUGCUGUGGUUCAAACAUCUGAGUGCUGCCUGUCAGAGUAACAGGCAACAGGUUCCUGCCAACUUAAUGACGUUUGAAUGAAGCUACUUUGAAAUGGGAACAAGAUGACAUUUUUCGAAUGCUGUCGUAGUUCGGGGAGGGAAAUCCUGGAGAGGGCAUGCCAGCUAAACUUUUGUGCCAGAACAAAGCCGGUAAAUGGAGUUUCAGAGCUUUGAAGUACUGAACAAAAAAACAAAAAAAGCACUAAGUGUUCAGGGGAUGGAGUUGCAACAUGAACUGCCACAGACCAUGCUGCUGCUGUAUAUUCUCUGAACUGACCUGUGGAUACCACUGCCUUAAAGAAUGAAAGGAAAAUCAACACGAAACACCAAAUAGUGUGUGUGAAACGUCUGGCGGUGCUGUGCUUAGGUUAAUAGGUUGUAGCUAGUUUCCAUUUGUGUUAGCUUUCUGUUAGUUUUGAAUUAGUCCAGUUUUUCAUUUUUUGCAGUUUUUUUUUGUGAUCUAGAGGAGUGAACACUUUACUGUAUAAGGGUUGUGUUAGGGUGGGGUGUGCAAGGAUGUAGCUGAACCGGUGUAUAGACUAUACCAGCAUCCUUCUAAAAGAGCUUUAACUGGGCUCAAUUCAUUGGAAACACAGUUGAACUUGUUUAAGGUUAGUAUUUGAAAACUGUAAUAUAUGCAAGUUUCUUCUCCUUUCACAAAGCACUGAUGGUACAGAAAUUGGUACUGUGUGGGGAUUUUCUUUCCUGAAAGUGGCACAACAGCUGAACUUUUAAACUCUGUAACUUUCUUUGUUCGAGUUCUUGGUUGUAAAUCUCCUAAUAGAAAUACUAUGCAGGAUUCUGGAAUUCAAGCUUGGGGAAAUGUCACUGGGUCAGAACUGAGUCUUCCCCCUCAAUAGAUUUUCAAACACUCCGCACUGCUACUUACAAGAAUUUUCCCCAAAAAGUUUUGUCUUGUAAAACUCUUCUACAGGCCUAGUUACUAAUUGUAAGCUCACUCUCCACAGUGCAGGUGACAGCCAAUCUUCAUCUCUCUUCUGCACAAUGCUGCAAUCCCUGUGUAUGUAUUUUGGAAUUAUGAGUUUUACCGACUUCUUUUGCAUCAUACAGAGAAGCCAACUCUGAGUUGCAAAAGCAUCAGCUGUUGGUUCAAAGCUCUUGAAGGUAACUUCAAGAUAAGUAAGUAACUUGACAGGAAAAAAGGGCAUGGAAGAGUGGGAAUGAAAUUAGGAUGAAUUAAGCGAAUUAAAUCCACUUUCUUGUAAAUUUGGUCACUACGUCUGCUUUAAAAAGUUCUUAGACACAUUUGUGAAGAAUGUCUUGAAUUCUAAAGAUUGUUUGCAUGUGGUACUUACUUUGAGAUAUUUUAAGAUCACUUACAAUGUUAGGGUAGAGGUGGCAAUAUUUUUUUUUAUGAUUAUCAAAUGUAAUCCAAGUUAAAUAUAAAAAAAGAUUCCAGUCUAAUUGAUAAGGAAAAAAUAUUGUCGUCUACAGAUGGUAAAAGGUUUGUUCAGUAGGCUCUAAGGUUAUUCACAGUUUAGUAGUCAUUUUUUCAAUUAAAAAUGCUUCUUAAUAAGUUAUGUUCCCAGAGUUCACAUCUUCUAUACAAACUUUUCACCACUGCUAUAGAAUACAAUAGCGAUGAGUAGCUGGUAUAAAAACUGCCGUCAGGCUGUUUAGUGGGGGUGGGGGACUGGAAGCAUAUUUCUUAGUGAUUAACUGUUUGAAAUCAAUUCCUUUAUGCUCCUAUCAAAUAGUCCCAGUUUUUAAACUCAUUCAGUUUAUGUCCUGUUCUGUAUUUUUGGGAAGUGAACACUCAGUUCUGACCUUGUAGUGGUGCAUUUUUCGAGAGAUUUGCUUGUUUUGUGUCACUUUUAGUUUACACAUUUCUCACAAUAACCCAUGUUGGGUGUUUUGUAGACGCAACUUCAUAGCCAGCAGUAUUACUGUAUAGAAUUUGCACAACUUGUUUUCCAUUUUUAAAGUUACUGUGUGUUUCUUUUCAGAAAGUUUUUUUAAUACACUGUAUAAAUGUAUGUACUUUUUUUAGUAUUGUGGAACGAUUGCCCUGUGGAAGUUUUGUGUGUGUGCGUGUUUUAAGAGUGAAAAUGCUACUGUAGUUGUAUUGCAGGCUUACCAAAUCUCACCUUAACGUUUUUGACAGUGGAAACAUGCAACUGGGACCCACAACUUCACAUGAUUCAGGUUUGCUAAAGGCACAGGGGCCAUUUCAUACUGUAGGCUUUCACAUGGGGACUUCAUAGGCCUUUCCAAAUUUUCCAGAUCUCUCUGUCCAUUUCUGAUGGUCCUUCAAGCAAUUGCAAUAUUCACAAGAUCAGUUCGGUGUUUACUGAAAUCUACUUUUAACAAUGGGAGAAAUGGCAUGUUUGUGAAGGUAGCACACUGAAGACAGCCAAGUUCACUACUUUUUUCUAUCAGCCUUCUCUUUUGGUCUUUAGAGUAAGCUUACAAAAGAUGGGGGAAACACUAUAAAUAUUUAAGAAGCAGUCAGAUUACAUGUUUGGCUACUUUCAGCUCUUUUAACUGCUUUUUUCAAGCUUCAUUUUUUCACAGGAGAGCUUUUAGAAACAUGAAAUGGUUUAAGCUGGCUUGUAAGAAUACUAAAAUUAAUUUCAGGGGGUUCAGCUCAUUUUCAUGCAUUCCAUACAUUUUUAUCUGUUUUACCUUGAAUUUGUUCAGGUCACCUUAAAACAUAGUGCACACAAUACUGAACCAUUCCAGGGUGGGUUUUUGUUUUGAUUUGGUUUUUUGGUGGUGGUGGUAGUUGAUAUAUUAUGAACUGACUUUUAAAAGCUUCAUAGCUAAGCCUAUUUUUCUUAUCUUUGACUUCGGGAGAGAUAUCUUUUCAUUUUCUUUACCCCAGAAGUCCAAGAUAAGAAAAAACAGGCUUAGCUAUGAAGGUUCAGUUUACAUUUGUGUAAAGUUUUUUUAAAAAAUGCAAUACUGGUAGAAAGCACUACUUAAUCUUUACCAUGUGCUUCAAUAUAUAUUGUUUGAAAUCUCAAGUGACUUGAAAUUUUAACAGUUCAAAGUUUUGAAUUCCCUUAGAUUUAUAUAUUUAUUUUGAAAUGGUUGAGGGGUGGGGGUAGCCUCCAAUCCAAAAAGUCUUAAACCAGUCUGUGUCUGAAUCACCACACAUUAAUCACCGCAAGUACCUUUCAGAAUUUAGCUAGCUAUGCAGAUUUUAACACCAUCAGGGAUUCUAUCUACUUUAAACUUAUUUGACCAUGAUGAAUUGAGUAUAAGCUAGCUUCCACUUGUUGCUAGAUCCUUGCACACUUGUUGCUCAGUGUAUAGACAUACGCAUUUCCCCCAUGAAAGGAGUGUGUUUUGUCAUUUCACUUAAAACCCUAAUCAAGUGAUCUUGGUGUCUUUUGUAAUAAAUCUAAUAUUUUUAUUAAACAAAUCCACACGACUUGAGUUCAUAUAAACCAUGUGCCUGAUUUCUGUGAGCACUUUAAAUAUAUGUAAAUAAACAAUGCUUGAGCUACAGUGACUCAGCAUGUAUUUUGAAAAUAAGACAAGUCAUCCUUCGAAUAUCCUUUGACUUUUCCCAUGAGGAAUGUUUAACUCUAAAGGGCAGCAUCCAUUUCGUUAAAAACUAAAAACAAAAACCUUGCAUAAGAAGUGAAAAGUAUUAGAUAUAGAAUGUCUUCCUGUUGUGCCGUUUUUUCUACCUAUGCUGCUUUUUCAUCACACAUACCUUGGUUGGAGAAUUGAGUUGCUACUGACACAAUCCUCAGCUUUAGACUGAUUUCAUAAGAAAUCGGUGCGCAGUUUUUCUAGUGAGAGAGAUGCUAAACUGCAGUCAUCUCUUAGUUUCCUUGCUAACAUUUGAGCUACUCCUCCUUCGUUGCUAGUUUAGGCUGAGAAAGAAAGUAGUCUGGUCAUAACACAGCCAAACACCCUGUGACAGAUCCAUGUGAUAAAACUGGAUCUAUGGGCCACACCGUAGAUGAACAAUAAGAGAAUCUCUAUGUAGGCAAAAUUGUGCACUUUUUUAUCACCAGUGAAAUUGAUGCAAGUAUUGCGUUGUUUUGUUCCCGCCCCCCUCCACCUCCCAGUGCGGAGACUAUGGGGGAAAUGGCCCUGAAAGCAUUUGUCUAAACUGCCCAUGUAAUUAUUCUUGAAUCAUAAAUAUUGCUUGUGAAUGUGGCUGCUAGAGGCACACCCCUUCCAGGCAUAAAGAGCAACAUGAAAGAAUACUGCAGCCUGCAUGCUAGUUUUGAAGUACAUUCCUGCCACUUUAGUGUUUCGGUCAUCUGUAAGCAGCUGGCUUCAAAUUAAGCGCAAUCAUGAAGUGAUCUUUCUUUGGCUCUUCCAGUUGCAUCUUUCUUCUCUUCUCCUUCAUAAGUAUUUUUUCCAUUCCCUAGCCUUUAGUGUUCUUGAUCUUUUUUUUCCCCUUUCCUCUCCCCUACCCCAUUUUGGUAUACUGCCUGCUAUGAAAGUCUGAAGUCACUAAAACGAGUACUAAAUGAUUGUUGUCGUCCCCCCGAAGCCCAUCUUUCAAAUUUUUGUAAUUUCUAGGUUGCUCCUCUUUCUCCAUUAAAAAUGGCUUGUGUCUAAUCUUAAAAAACUGCAAUUAAAAUGGGAAGUGAACAGGAGAUGCUCCUUCAAGAGGAAUAGCAUUUCUUGCCCAUCGUAGGAUGAUGGGUGCUUCAUAUCUGCAUUUUUGUUGUCAGUGCCUUAACUACCGGUUUAAAGACUAAGGGGGCAGUCCACCUAAGACCAUUGCUGUGCAUUUCCCAGCUCGUGCCAGUUGGGUUUUUGCAGGAACCCCGUGCGUGCCCUGAUUAAAUGAAUGGAGCUUGUGUAGCCAGCAGAAUUGCUCAACAGUUGUGCUUCUGUUUUGUUUUAAUAUUUAAUACCAUUCCAGUACUGGGCCCAAUAAACUUUUCCCUUAAUUUGGGCAGGUUUCAUUCCAUUCCACUAAUCACCUCUUAAAAAUUAUGAUUUACAGUUGAUUUGGGGUCCAUUUCAGACACUCAUUCUGGCAGUUCUAUAUUGUGGGCACUUGUCCUUAGCUGGAGCUGUGUCUGUGCCCUCGUCCGGCUGCAUCUGUGCCCUGGUCUUGCACACAGGAGUUUACCAUUAAAAUAAAUAUCUGAAAGGGUUCUUUGAUCAUGUAAAAUAUAGCUACAAAGAUGAUUGCUGGGUUAUUUUUUUGGACUCUGUUAUCUCAGGUUUUUUUAUGGGCCAACACCAAGCUCCUCUUUAAAAAAAAGUUCAACACUUUAAUGAACAUACUAGAAAUUGGAAUACCUUCAUUAAAUUAGCAAGCUAAGAUAGACCAGGUUGUAUCUGAAUUUCAGUAGCUAAAUACAGAGCAUAUCUUCAGUGUUACAGUGUUUAGAUUGAUGGUUUGGGUUUUUUUAGUUUCUAAACAAUACUCAGGAGAAAAUUGCGGCAUGGAGGGUGGAUUUUCUCUUAAGAUUGUAUAUACAUAAUGGAAACAAGUCUUUCACAAAUUGUGGUUGAGUAUAAAUGCAUUUCUCUCCUACAAGUGUUGGAGUAUUUGGAUUUUGAGAGAGAUGGAGAACUAGAAGAUCUGAAGGCCACAUCUAUUAGAUCACUUAUUCACAUUUUCCCAAAAGUUAUAGGGUUAAACUGGGAUAUAUAUCAGAGUACAUUUUUAAAAGUAUGCCUAAUUGUCAGUCACAAAUAUUGUAUAUUUAGCUGUGGCUUGCUGAAAGUGUAUUUCACUUCUAUGUGUGUAUUCUACUAUCAAUGUAGGAAUCUUUUCUCAGGGAAGGGUAGCAUACAGAUAGAGCUAGCUACAAUCCAUACCAUGUAGUGCUUGUGAUUGGCUGUCUAGCCUUUGUUGAACAAGCAAGGAGCAAAAGAUAUACCUAAUUUUGUCUGAAUAAUUGGUACCUUUUCUUCUUGGAAGAAAACUUGUCUUAAAUUAGAAAUUAAUUUCCUAUUUUUAGUUCAGAAUUGCUCGUAAAAGUUUAGCUCUCUUGUCUUUCUGUAUCCUUUAAUAGUAAAAAUAAUGGGUUAUGUCCUACCACUCAUCUCGGCUAAGAAUGGCACAUUCUACCAAUGCAAGCACCUCUUUCAUCAGCAGAAGCCUCCUUCCACCAGCAGAAGGCUAUUUGCACCAGAGGAAGGCACAGUUGAUGCUAGUUUAGAGACGUGGUAGGAUAUAACACAGUGGCCAUUUCUGUCAUAUUCUCCUAGGUGCAAACUGUUCAAGAUGGAAAAGUCAGCCUUCUGGUGGUUUCCCAACACAAGCCAUUUUUAAUGUGUUUUCUUCCCUGGUGACUUGAAGCACCAUUUUGAUGGGGGUGAAUGCAUUAUGACCUCUAUGAGCGAUGUGCAGUUUGGCUGCUCCCUGUCCUUUUCUGCCUUCUGAUUUUUAAUAUUUUUCCAUGUGUGUGCAUUUGAACUGUGUGUUUGCAUAAGCUAUUUCAUGAUGGCUUUAAAGUAUGGAUUUAAGAAUAAAAUUUUCCUACUGAAAUAAAUUACUUAAAAUUUG